AUGGCCGACCUGGAGUCCUGGACUGCCAACCCAGAUGCUGACCUAAAGCUUGAAGAACUCAAAGGAGGGGAAAACUUUGAGAAAUGGAACCGCUACGUACUGGAUGUUUUCAGAAUAUUCGGUCUUGAGGGUUUUGUCAAGGGGACGGAAACACCUCCUCCUAGUGAUACUGACGAGGAUAAAUCGGACCUUCGGGUUUUCCAUGAGAGGAGACUGUGCGCCUUCCGAGUCAUCCACAACAGCAGCAGGGCUAUUCAUUCGAGACUUCGAGGCUACAGCUUUGACUGCAUCCGUUUACCGGAUGACCUUGAUCCAAAAGCACUGUGGGAUGCUAUUCAUCGCUGGGACCUCGCUGUCCACCUCGGCACAUAUGGCAAAAUCAAACUGUUGGAGCUCAGCCACAUACAUCACUCGCAAUUUGGUAACCUCAACGAAUAUAUGCGCCGUGCUGAUUGGCUUCGCCGGCGCCUUCAGCGUGCCGGUGUGCCGAUUGCUGACGAGCUGAUGAAGACAUAUGUUCUCAGCGGGUUGACCAGCUAUCCCGACGAAACCUGGGCAAUGUUAGUGGCCAUCAAGGCUGAGGACUGGACUUACUUCGAUUUGCGGAAAAUACCGACAAACAGGUGUCCUUGGGAAUUUUCAGGGAGCAUCGAGCCGAGGCAAACAAGCCACAACAUAUCAAGAGCCACCACAUUGCCCGCGGAGGUCAUUCAAGACAUGCUCGCGGGGAGGGUGCCAGAAAACGCGCCUCUCCUUACUAAGGAGACCGCUGGUUUCGUGCAGAGUGAAUUGAGCUCUUGGCCGUGCCUCCUCGGCAACCACUCAUCUUUUAGCUGGGCCCUAUGGGAAGCCGUUGCACGCUGGAACCUCGAAAUCCCCUACUUUAAAAAAAGCAGGUUGCUGAGGGAGUUCAGUAACAUUGACCGUGAUGAAUUCGACAGCCUGGACGCGUACUCGCUAAAGGCUUCCUGGUAUAACCACCGCCUCAACGAACUCAGCAUCGCACUUCCUGAAGAGGUCCAGAUGGCAUUUGUUAUUCAAGGCCUACGGAAUCACCAUUUGGAGUGGGCUAUAGCCAUGUCCCUGCGCAUCGAGGAUGGCAAACACACCUUCCGCACACACCUUACCGAAGUUCUUGGGUUGAAGGACCAUGAAACGAGACUGAAGGAGAUCCAUGGGAAGAGUACCACCGACGCCACCUUGCGGCGCAACGACAACAACAGCGACCAGAAGAGCCGUCAAAACAAGAAAAGGUGUCGGAACACCCAAGGCCGUCGGCAGCAACAUAACGGCAUGACCAAACAGCACUCUACUCGUCAUUAA